AUGUCCAUUGAUUCGGGAAUUUAAACUAUGUGUUGAAUUGAAUUGAAUCGUUAUUUUUUCGAUUACGUUUAUUUAUUCUUUUAUCCCCUUAUGGAUUACGUGCAUACUUUUUUUUGACAGUUGGGAAUCCCUAUUUUUUGACAGAUAGGCCGUGAAAAGUGUUUUACCUCACGCAAGUUGAACCAAAUUACUGAAUCCACGGAAAGAUAGAAUCUUCGGAAUGUUCUCGAACAUACCGCCCAGCAUGUUCUGCGUCCUGAUCUGGCGCCUGGCCGUGCAGUUUCUCUACCCUUACGCAUACAUGAACUGCUCGCUGCAGGAGGCGUUGGACAAUGAGCACCUGAUCUGGAGCAAGGGGGAUCGCUUCGAGGAGCUGUUGAUGAUUCUGAUGAGGAGCUCCUUGCGGGUCACGCUCAUGUUUGUGCUAAUGAUGGAGAUAUUGACCUCGGUGAACGAAGCCUUGGGUAUGCGACUUCCGUUGGCCGUCAGACCUUAGUCUGGGGGCUGAACUCCGUCCCCGAUUAUUGCACUCCUCCAUCGGUUUAUACGGCCCCAUCAAAACAACAGAGCUGAAAUAAUUUCGUCUUGGGGUAGGACCGCCAUUGUGCCAACGUUCGUUCGUCGACGUCGCCCGUCGUCGCUGCCCAUUUAAUCAGUAAAUUGUAUUUUUAAAAAUGUUAUUAAACAAUAUUUGCCUUAGCAAAA